CUGCGUUCUACUGCGGCCAGACGGAGACGGAGCACCUCGAUCUCGGAAAAGCGCGUAUCCUUCGGAGCGGGAUCGGGCCGUCUAGACGGAGCCCGAGAGAUCGAGCGAUCUGCGAGUGUGUCACACCGUCUCUCACGCACCUGUAGCAGCAGCAGCAGCGACAGUGGUAGCAGUAGCAGCGACAAAAUCUGUUUGCUCUCAGCUCAGAGAUCUCGGCUCUCCGCAACGGGUCCGCUAAUAGCCCUAUAUAUCCUCGGUGCGGCAUCGAACCGGACUCAAUUAAACGUCCGAUCCGCACACUACCCGGUCGAGCUGAAGCUGCUUGAAGCUGAGUGAGGCCGCUUAAAAGCAGCGCACUUGCGUGGUUCAGAACAAGAAACAUAAAAGAUAGAUCGCGAUUUUUUUUUGUUUUUUACGACCCCUGUCGCUUACGGAUGUUUAGCGCGCGCAAACACCGUACUGGAUAGGUUAGUAGUAGCAAAAAAAAAAAAGAUCGUGUAACCAGUGACCAGGAGUGAAGUACCACGAAAAGUGUGCCUGUAUAUUGUUGCGGUUCUGCAAAAUAGCCGUACCCGGAAGGAAUCGAGUAAAAUAUGCAACAACAGUAAAAGAUUCGAGAAAGUGUGAGCAAACGCGGACAACCCCAGUGUAUGUGUGUGUGUGUCCCGUUGCCUCUAUAGUUCUUCCGCAAAGUGAGUGUAUAUCCUUCGCAUGCAAGUGUGUGUAAAUGUGUAUGUGUGUGUGAUUUUGCACCAAAACUAAAGCGCACUUCAAAGUGAAGACGAAAACGAAACUACUCUAAAACACUAUACCAGUGCACACAUAGCACCAGGAUAUACACACGUGUUGAAAAAACCUCUUCAAAACAAAAUGACGCCCAAACCAGAGGAAAGCAUUCCGGUCGUGCACGUCGGCGACGAGCGGGAGCUGAACGAGCCGAGCCUAAACAACAGUGCCAGCCUGAGCAAUCUAAGCGCUAACCUGAAGCUGAACGCCUUCAUCAACAAUGGCUUCGUGAGCGACUGUGCCCAGGCGGCGGAGAAGCAGCCCGGCAAGGAUAAUCACGAGGACGAGCUGCGCAAGGAGACAAAGAACAGCAACCAGCAUGGUGUCGUGAUGGUGGCCACCAAUGGCGCCAGCACGGGGGCAGCAGUAGCCGAGAAACCGGUCGUAGACUUUGACGAUCUGCUGCCACACGUGGGCGAGUUUGGCCGAUAUCAGAAGAUACUGUUCCUGCUGAUGAUACCGUUCGCGUUCUUUGUGGCGUUCGUGUACUUUUCGCAAAUUUUCAUCACCCUCGUGCCGGAGGAGCACUGGUGCUACGUGCCGGAACUGCAGCACCUGUCCGUGGAAGAAAGACGAGCAUUAGCCAUUCCCGUGGACGAGUCGUACGGAGCGGAGCUGGACGCUGGUGUGGUCGGCGAUGGAAGCCCACCGAUCAGCUACAGCAAGUGUACGAUGUAUGCCGUUAACUUCACCGAGGUGCUCGCCAACAACAUACGCAAAGCGGAUCCGUCCUGGCCGACGCAACCCUGCCGGCACGGCUGGGAGUACAACUUUACGGACGUACCGUAUCAAACCGCAGCAACGGAUUUCGAAUGGGUCUGCGAUCAUGCCUAUCUGCCGACGUUGGCUCAGUCCAUCUUCUUCCUGGGCGCGAUCGUCGGUGGCCUGCUGUUCGGCUGGAUUGCGGAUCGCUACGGGCGCAUUCCCGCCCUAGCCGGGUGCAAUCUCAUCGGCUUUGCGGCCGGUGUCGCUACCGCAUUCGUCGGCAACUUCUGGCAGUUCAGCUUGUGCCGGUUUCUGGUCGGAUUUGCCUUCGACAACUGCUUCACCAUGAUGUACAUUUUAGUUCUGGAAUACGUUGGCCCGAAAUGGCGCACCUUUGUCGCCAACAUGUCGAUCGCACUGUUCUUCACCACCGCCUCCUGCGCACUGCCCUGGAUUGCGUACUAUCUGGCAGACUGGAAAACGUUCGCCAUUGUCACAUCGGCACCGCUUGCUUUGGCCAUCCUUACCCCGUUGGUGGUACCGGAAUCGGCAAGAUGGCUCGUUUCGCAGGGUAAGAUUGACAAAGCCAUCGGAAUCCUGAAGAAGUUUGAAACGAUCAACAAGAAGACGAUCGAUGCCAAGGUGUAUCAGGAGUUCAGUGACAGCUGCGUGCGGCUUCAGGAGGAAGAGGCUGCUAAUAGCAACUACUCCGUACUGGAUCUGUUCAAGACGCCACGGCUGCGCAACAUCACCAUCCUGCUGAUCGUCAUCUGGAUGGCCAUCUCGCUCGUGUUCGAUGGCCACGUGCGAAACGUCGGCUCGCUGGGACUCGAUCUCUUCUUCACGUUCACGGUCGCUGCCGCCACCGAGCUGCCGGCCGAUACCUUCCUCACUCUGACGCUGGAUCGUUGGGGACGGCGAUGGUUGGCCUGCGGCACGAUGGUCGCCAGCGGGUUGUUCAGUCUGUUCGCCACCAUGGUACCGAUGGGUGCCUACUCAGCAACGUUGGCGAUUUUGGGACGCUUCAGUGUGAACAUUUCGUACAACAUUGGGCUACAGUACGCGGCCGAGCUGCUGCCGACCGUCGUCCGGGCGCAGGGCGUCGCGUUCAUCCACAUCAUGGGCUACGUCGCGAGCAUUGUGGCACCGUUCGUCGUCUAUCUGGCCAACAUCUCGCCCUCCCUGCCGCUGAUAGUGCUGGGCAUUUUGGGUAUCUUCGGGGGACUGCUGUCCCUGCUGCUGCCCGAAACACUUGGACACGACCUGCCGCAAACUCUUGCCGAUGGUGAAGAAUUCGGACGAGGGCAAAAGAUCUGGGACUUCCCCUGUCUCACGAAGAAAGUGGAUGACGACGAUAUCUGCGACGAUCUGCCCGUGGAGCGAUUUACCCGCGCCACGUCCAAGACCUCGAUCGGAGCGUCCCUGCGGGCAUCGACCCGUGGUGAGCUGCGUUCGAGCAUGCUCAACCGUUCGAUACGUUCGCGCGUAUCGGUCCGCUCGCUGGCCCAAUGCAAGGAGGAACAGAUUUCGGGCGGCGUGUAGAACCCGCUUCCAAACGGCUACCGUCCUAUCGGUAGCACGGGUAGCGGAAAGUGCACGGAAAAGUGCAUACGCUCCGUUUGUGGGCAGCGUGCACCAACGGUUCCAUUCUAAAAUGUGUAGGAUUUUUUUGUUCUGCUUCAGUUUAAUUUGUGUUUUGUUUUAAAAGCGUCAGUGCGUUGUGGUACAAUUCUAGUCAACCGUAUCGGAUGAUUUUCAGAGAGAGGUAACACACACUUGACAUAAUUAAGUUUUACGCGCUGGGUCAUCGGUUAGAGAACGGAGGUGCUGCCCGGUGAAAAGGCGCACAAACAACACCGCAUGCCGACGCAUACGCGACCAGGAGCGGCAAAGUAGAAAUGCGUGCAACAGUUCCUAAUACCAGGAUAUCGAAAAUUCACGCAAAAGCACAACGCCAUAAGAAAGCAAACGGAGUGGCCAAAAUCGAUGCAUCGAAAAGUAUUAUCCUUCGAAGCUGCAGCUACAGUGGCAGCAUAAUCGAAGAACUAUGUGUUUGCUGAUUUGUGCAGUGCUUAGGAGCGUAUGGUGUAACGCGUCCCAGCAGCAUCUCCAUACGGCGUAAGCGGGGGUGGUAGGAAGCCGUUUCAGUAAACGCAAAAGUAUUACGAGUUCCCCUUUUUUUUGGUAUAGCGAGUUCGCGAACGCUAUUGUAUUUAACACGAAUAGGAGUACUCACUAUCGCUAGGGAAUUGAAGCUAAUUUAUGAGCCAGAUUUACGUUAGGAUUAAUCCAGGAUAUUAGGGAAGCAUCAGGUAUGGAAAAUGGGUUAGUUGUAAGGCUGUUGGAUCCAACAGCAAACUAAUCCUUGCCGAAUUCGCAAGGACAGUAGACGUAUAGUAAGGCAGUGUAGCUACACAAAAAGGCAUGCGAAACAGAUGACUUAGGAUAUAUUAGGGAAGGAAGGAAAAGAGAUUUCAAUUCAGCAAAAGCAAAGACGCGCAGGAAGAAGAGCGCACAGUGUACUAACGAGACACACAGGCAGGCAUAUUGCAACGUUACGAAAAGUUUUAUUUAUUCGCCUAAUCCUUACCAAACAGUCGUAACAGUUCGAAGCGUGUGCAGGACACGUACCGAAAGUGGGACGGCUUUUUAUGUGAUACGGAGGACUUUUGGGAUGAGAGAAGACAUGGUUGUGACGGUUAAAAUUGUUGUAAUUUAUCCAAUGUAAUCUCACCGUAUCAAGAAAAUACAAUUACUCAAGCAAAAAGAACA